AUGUCGUCACCCGCGCACCCCACAUCUCCGCCGCCCGUCCCCACGGACCCGGGUCCCGACAACGAUGAGCCCCUGGUUGCCGACGACUCCCUGGCAAGCUCCUCCACCUCGCUCGCAUCGAGCGUCAUGAGAUUCAGGCAUGAGAAUGGACGCUCGUACCACGGCUGGAAACCAGAAAGGGGAUACAUCUUGCCUAGUGAUGAACAAGAAAGCGACCGGUUAGAUAUGCAACAUCACAUCUUCUACUUGACCCUCGACGGCGCACUACAUAUCUGCCCUGCCGGGAAGGAAGGCGCGCCGUUAAAACGAGUACUGGAUGCCGGGACAGGCACCGGAAUUUGGGCCAUGGACUUUGGUACGGCACCCUCGGAGACUCGAUGCCCUUGCAACCUCUCCCCCGGCGGCUGGCUCGAGCUGUGCGACAUCACCUUCCCCACCCUCUGCGACGACGGCACCCUGUCCCCGGACGCCCCGCUCUCCCAGUGGAACGACCAUGUCAUCCGCGCCGGCCAUAUGCUCGGCCACUCCAUCGAGUCCGCCAAGCACUACCGCCAGCAGAUGCUCGAUGCGGGGUUCGUGAAUGUGCAGUCGAAGCUGUAUAAGUGGCCGAUCAAUGCGUGGCCGAAGGAUGUGAGGUAUAAGGAGAUUGGCAUGUGGUCGGAGCACAACUUCUGCGGUGGCAUGUACGGACUCAGCGUGGCGUUGUUCACGCGCGCCCUGGGCUGGUCGGCCGAGGAAUUGGAAGUGUUUCUGGUGGGCGUGAGGAAGGACUUGAGGAAUAGGCAGAUCCAUGCCUAUUGGCCCAUUAAGGCAAGCUACCUAGGCAAGGCAAAAUACUUUGCGGCAAGGCUCACGCCCGGUAUUUUGGUUAAGACUUACGGCUAUCUCAGUUCCGGUCUUUUGUUCAGUCACUCGGACUCUGAGUUGAGCCUCCAUGAUAUUCGGCUCUUACUUACACCCGCUGUCGUCCGAUGGUCCCCAGACGACAAGCCCAACGAGCGUAAGCUUACAGACAACAUUAAGAGUAUUUACGGCGACGAUGUGGACCCUUUCGGCUUGGAGUGGCAGGAGGCCCGUACGCGGUUCAUGAACGACCAGAAGAACUGCAAGUUCCGCGUGCUCCAGCAUAUGGAGAAACUCCUUAAUACGCAUGCGGAGCACCCUGAGUAUGCAAAUAUACUCAAUGGGGAGCUGCCAGUUUCUCGGGACUACCUUAAGCGGAUGGCUGAUGCGGCCUGGGCGGAGGAGAGCUUUUAUAAAGUGUGGACGUAUAUGGAGGGCCGGCUAGACUUCAAGCGGUCUUCUAAACUGGGACAGUACUAUAUACGCAUGGAAGCAGUUGCGAUCGUGGCAAUAAUCACUAAUUGUUGGGUGGAGCCAGGGGGCGAGCAUGGAUGCAGGUUGCAGUGGCUGUAUGUAGCGAUAAGGAGAUUGGGAGAAUACUGA